AUGGCCACAUCGACGCCCAUAUCACCCUCCAUCCUCACCGAAAAGACUACGCGAAUCUCCUCUUGGCUCGAACAGCUCCCGCCAAUGCCCCCCACAAACGAACACUGGCUAAAACGCAAGCGCACCAGCUCAGAGCCCAUAGUUGUACACCAGCUUACCACCAUGUCCGCGGAUCGCGAUGUCAGCCCCAGCAAGCGCCAGCGGCGGAACACAGAUGACUUGCUUCCAGGGCAGAGCGCAUCGGCCGUCGGGUCGAAUGCCCGCCCGCUCACCUCGGGCAAUUCCAACACCUUCAGUCCACCCGGCAGUAGCGUAGGCGCCUCGACGCCACGACACAGAAAUAGCCCAUCGCGCGAGACAAUUGCGGCGCUGAGAGUUGCAUCGCCUCCGAUCACGACGGAGCCGCUGAACGGGGUGGAGUCGGAACCUCCUGUGCGGGUGAUGGCCGUGGUAGCGCGACUCGAGGACGGGCUGGAUCAGGGCUGGAUCAGGGCUGGAUACCCGGAUGGCUCGAGGUGCAACGCAAUUAAAGCUGAUACAGACAUCGGCUUCCAAAGAUUUACGCCUGCCGCCUUCAGCAAGACUGCCACGCGCGACCUCUCUGACCCCGAUCUCGACCCCGCCGUCCGUGCCGAGUUGGAAUACACACUAAAGAAGGUGAGGAAGGUAUUCAGGAAGGCGCUCCAUUGCCAGACGAGGGGCCGCGACGAGAAUGCGUGGUGCGACGACGUGGUUAGGCCGAUGGUGAAGCUGGCGAUCCGGCUGGACGCCAAGGGCAAACUCUGUGUCCAGAGCGUGCAAUCCCAGAACAUCGAACCCGAGUUCCUCUCGCGCGCGGCCGCCGCCGAUGCAUCCGGCAAGCAGCGCGCCCUUGACCAAAAGGCCGAUUACACCCUCUCCUACUCGCACGACGCAUCGCCUUUCGUAUCUCUAUACGCACGCCUUCUCCAGCACGGAAAUCAGUGUGUUAGCCAUACAACCGACGCCUUCACCGAGACCACGGCCGUCUUCUCCGGCAUUGAGGUUAAGCCCUCUAACGGCGUCAAGCUCGAGGCCGAAUACCAGCUUAGCAUAUGGAUGGCGGCGAGUCUGCGCAAGAAGGCGAAGCUGGGACGACGCGCGGGCCUACCUGACACUACCUGCCUUGUAGAGCCGGGCUUCACUGUUGUAGGACAUGAGCUGUAUUUUUAUAUCGCAUAUCUGGAAUCUGAGAAUGGCGAAGCGGUGCGCAUCCUGCAGUUUGGCAAUGCUGCAACAAGUAGUGUCUCGGGCGUUUUCAAACAGCUAAGGAUGUGGCGGAACGUCGUCGAAUAUGGCCUUGACGAGGGGCCGGACGGUUUCUGGGGUGGGUUCCUGAAGUUGGUGUUGGAGAAAUUAGCGAUUGGUGAUGAUGGGAAUACGGCGAAGAAGGGGGGCGCGAAUAGCAAGGGAACCGACGGAGGGUCUGCGAAUCUAGAUAAGGGCCUUUAG